GCCAUGUUGAGGAAGCACCGUGUUGGGAAUAUUUGCUUAAUCGUGUUUGCCCACAUGUUUCAUUUCCUAAUAUACGGUGUCCUUUUACACCACAGAUGUUUUGAGGCACUGGCCGUGGGAGCCUGAGCGCGUUUGGAGAUGGCGCUGUGCGCAGACUGAGCAGCCCGAAGUUCCGCACAGAGCAGACUGAAAGUUGGCUCAUAACAAGCGCACACCUCGAACACGGACUGGAUUUUCUCCUUGGAUUACACGCGGAAUUUCACUGCAACAUGAACACACCGGACUCUGCGUGAGACAGGACGUGUGUGUGUGUGUGUGUUGGGGUUUUGUUGGAGGACUCUCGUGUAAAGGAGUGAACUUUGCUGAAGUUUUCUUAACUGAGGGUUUUUUUUGUUGUUGUUGUUUGGAUCGGAGUGACUUUGUAAUACGGAUGUUUUCCCCAAGCGGAGAAUGAACGAGGCGGGCGAUAAGGACGCGGUUGCGGUGCCGCGGAAGCACCGACUCAUGUCCGCGGUCCACGGAGGUGCGUCUCCCGGUCUCGCGUGCAGACCGGGUCGCGUGCUGAACGGCGUCUCGUUGGUGCACUGCUUCAUAUGCGGCAGCGGAGUGACGCCGGGUAAAGAGCUGCAGCUGCAGGUUAAGUACCGGCACGGGAGCACGCCUUUCUUUCCGUUCUUGCAAGGCCAGGAGCCGGCACCGGGCGCCGCGGAGGUCGGUGCCGACGGGCACGCGCUCGUGUGCGCCGUGUGCCACUGCUUCCUGCGCGAGCAGUGGAACGCGUUCGAGCGCAGCCGCACGCCGCUCGACAAACGCGUGUACUGGCUCAAGAGACCGCACCAGUGCGACGCGCGCCGCGCGCCCCGGGACUGGGACGCGGCGCGAGACGCGAACGCCACGCCGACCGCGAGCGGUCAGAACGGCGACGGCGACGAAUCCGACUUCUCGUCGUUCUUGGAUAACGAGCACGCGUCGGAUCAAGACUCGGAUGCCGCAGACAGAGGUGGAGGAGGAGGAGUACAGGAGAAAGGGAAGUUCCUCAAAGUCCCCGCGGCCGGUCGAGCGUGCAAGGACGGCGCCGGGAUUAAGAGCAGUUCCGAUUCGCAAAGCGCUGCGCGUUACCGGGUCGGUGUUUAUAACACUCAGGACGCGGAGAAGUCUGAGAGCGCGCUGCUGUCUGGCUCUGUGAUGAUGAAUCACGUGUCCCAGACGACGCUGGCACUCGCGCGGCUCCACGGGAACCUGGCCCGGCGUGAUUGUGAAAGCCCUUCCGGUGACACACCCACCCAGGACGCAGGGAUUGUAAUGCGGGACAGGCGAAGUGGCUGGAACUCCAGGCUGCAGCAGCUGCUCUUCAGCCCUGCUGAGGACAUUGCACAUGCACGUGCCAAAGAAGCCGGGCUUAAUCAGUUGUGUGACUCGGAUGCAUCUGACGGCGAUGAGAUUAAUGUAACAAGUGAUGAAGAUAGGGAGGAUGAGAGGAGAAGACAACAAGUUGGAUACCAGGUUAUGGACAGACACGUGUGCUACAUCUGCGGCAGCCGACUUCAACCGGGCAUCCGCUUUGAAGUGUGUGUACAAAAGCAGGAGAGAGCUGCCAGUGAGCCUUUCUUCCCCUUCCUCUGGCUGCACACACCUCCGCCAGACGCUCUGCCGAUAAGCCCAGGGGGCCGCACGCUAGUAUGUGCCAGCUGCCAUUCGUCACUUAUGCAGCAGUGGCAGGGCUUUGAGCUGGCGGACGUACCCGUCCUACAGCGCCUUUACGUAGUGCCAGUUAACGUAGCUGCCACAACGUCGCCGGAUAUGGACGGCAUCGGGUCUUUACCCAAAAUUCGCCCUCUCCCUUCUAUACGUCAUCCCAGGGAGGACUGCUAUUUAUGCGGGCAGGACUGUGCACAAGACAUCAGGGUGGCAUAUUCCCGUGCCGGGGUAGGCAAAGCCCGUGGGGCCAUGUACUUUCCAUUUAUCAACCUGCUUCCGUGCCCACCUAACGCCCAAACCAUGCGAGAUGGCCAGGUACAUUGCUGCGCCACCUGUUACACCAUCUUAGAGGACAUCUGGGCAGCAUACCGUCUCUGCCUUAGUGAGGAGCUUAUCACUUCCGUCAGCACCUUCCUCGGGAGAUACCACCAGACCACUACUGCAGGAGGAGUCUCAAGCAGCCUCGUCAGAGCACAGGAGAGCAUUUCUGCUUCCCUUCACCACACCUCCCUGUGUUACCUGUGCGGGGUGGAGCUCUCCGCAGGCACGGAGUACCAGCUUCAUGUUAAUCCUCCUGGACGAUGCGGAGAGAAAGAGCCCUUCUUCCCUUUCCUCACCGUGCAUACACCGGCCCCUCGCGCCCGCCCUGCGGAUGCCACCGGCCUGGUGUCCGCAUGUUCCCUGUGCUAUCAUGACCUGCUGGCUCAGUGGUCGCAGCACGAGGCUGCAGGAUCAGGGCCCUCUAGCAGCCCUUGGUCGCGUCAAUACAGCUGCGAAAGUUUUGUCUGCUUUUUCUGCAGGCAGGAGAAAAGGAGGGCGUUGGGGUUGAGGGCAGUCAACGUCGCUCGGCUGCCCGUCUUCCUCUACGCCCCACGGGUUAGCCACACUCUUGUGGUGGAUGAUGGGAAACAACUCACAAUUGGCUCGUGUGUGGAAUGUAAAUCCAUGGUGUUGGCUGGACAGAACAUGCAGCAGGAUGGCACGCUGGACCGUGGAAGACCAGCAGGGAGUAAGCAGAAGAGCUCCACAGUAGAAGAACCGGCCGGGAGCAGUAAAGAGGACGCUCGACAACCGACUGCGCCGGUGAGGGAGCUUUCCAAGCAUGCUCCAUCUGGGGAGUCUGGGAUCAUCUUCACAAGAUCUCAUCCCUCGAGCGAGGACAGAGAUCGAUCACCUUCCAGCAUGAGCCAUGAGCCGAAGUCGCCCUCACUAGGCAUGAUCUCCACGGCGACGCGCACCACGGCGACGGUCAGCCCGCUCACGCCGUCAUCCCUCAACGGCUCCAUCGUGCCCAAUGGCAGCCCGGCUGCUCAGUCUACUCACUCCGGAUUCGCCGCCGCCCUGCGCAAGCUGGCCAAGCAAGCCGAGGAGCCUCGAGCAGGUUCCUCCAUCAGUAGCGAGUCCUCCCCUGUCUCAUCUCCAGCCACAAACCAGAGCUCUCCAGUGAGCACGCCCAAACGCGGUCCCCUCGGCCCGGUCAUAGUGCCCCCUGGAGGCCACAGUGUGCCCAGCACCCCACCGGUGGUCACCAUCGCCCCUACCAAAACGGUCAACGGCCUGUGGAGGAGCGAGAGCCGCCCUGUACGAGAGGUUGGAGAAUUCGUGGCAAGGGAUCGGAGACCGUUCCGCCGUACAGAAUCUCUCCAGAUCCUUCAAAUUCCGAGGUCCACGCUGGUGGGCUCUCCUCUUCAGUUCACCCGACAGGUUUUCUAUGUCAGGGGACGGGGAUGUCCAUGGCAGGACCUUGAUGUUGUGUCAGAGUCGGGCCCUCGUGGUGUCAGUAGAGAGCGUCUGGCACCCGAGGCUCAGGAAAAGGGCGGCCCUUCUGUUCCAGCCCACCUCAUAGGAAAUCCGUACGCGUUUGGCCUGACGUCCGGAUCCGUGAUGCAGGAUUCACGCUUUCAGCCCCUAAACAGCCUGCCGAGGCAGAUGCCCCACGGCGUGCCCCCCGGCGGAGUACCAGAAGAGUACCUGCGUGGUUUCCGUCCCUACCCCACGGCCGAGGACCUGCGCAUGCCCUCGCUGCCCCUGGGCCUGGAUCCGGCCACUGCUGCGGCCGCUGCCGCUAACUAUUAUCACCCCAGCUACCUGGUCCACCCCUCGUUCUCCCCUUACAGGAUGGACGACCCUUUCUUGUCUGCACUGAGGUCUCCGUUUUACCCUUUACCUGCAGGGGGCGCUCUGCCCCCGCUGCACCCGUCUGCUGUGCCCAUGCACCUCCCAGGGGUGCGUUACCCUGGCGACCUCAGCCAUGCCUCGCUGUCCAGUCUGCAGUCUGAGAGGCUCCAGAUGGAGGAUGAGAUUCGUCAGAGAGAAAGGGAGCGAGAGAGAGAGCGCGAGCGGGAAAAGGAGCGGGAGCGCGAGGCAGAGCGAGAGAAAGAGCGAGAAAGAGAGAGGGAGCGAGAAAGAGAGCGAGAAAAGGAGCUGGAGAGAGAGCGGGAGAGGGAGAGAGAGAGAGAACGGGAGCGUGAGAGAGAGAAAGAAAGGGAGCGAGAGAGGGAGAGAGAGCGAGAGCUAGAGAGACAGAAGGAGAGAGCCGUGCGGGAGAAGGAGCUACAGGUGUCCAAGGCCAUGGAGGGUCAUUACCUGGCUGAGCUCCACGCUCUGAGAGGCCAGGCCGAGGAACGAGCGAAGGCCACCGAGAGACUCACUCCCAACAGAGCAGAUAAAACCAAAGAACCCACCCUCCCUGCUCCUAAACCAAUCCAGGCAGGCCUGCACCCUUCACUAAGCUCCUCCCACCACCCGGUUCCCACCCUGAUUUCCGCACACGGCAUGUACCUCGGACCAGCAGGGACGGGACCCGGGGCUCUGACGCCCGCCAUGAUUCUGCAGCGCAACAACGAGGAGGAGCGGUGGCUGGCUCGGCAGAGGAAACUACGGCAAGAGAAAGAGGACAGACAGUACCAAGUGUCCGAGUUUCGCCAGCAGGUUCUGGAGCAACAUCUAGACAUCGGCCCGAGAGGAGACGCACCCGAGCUACGGAACGAGGGCCCGAGGACCACCAUCCAAAACCACCACGAGCCCGGCAGCAGAGAGCGCGAGCGAGAACGGGAUAUCCACCCCCACCUCGGCGCUCCUCCACCUCUCAUCUCCCCCAAACCCCAGCCCAGAGACCACGCCCCUGCUCCACCCACCACCCUCUGGAACCCCGCCUCGCUCAUAGAGACCUCGUCCGAGUCACGGCGGCCUCUCCACGAGCCACAUUCGGGUCCCUACGACAUCGGCCGCCUCGCUCCGCCUCCGACCAAGACCGAGCGCCAUUUCAGCUCGGAAAAGCCCAAAGACGGACACGAGAAGUUCCCGCUCGUCCGGCCUACGGGGUUCUCCGAGCCCCGCCCUUUCCUGGCCGAGCUGGAGAAAUCCACGCAGUCCUUUUUAAACCAGCAGAGGGCGGCGCUGAGUCUGAGCACGCAAUACGGAGAGCUGAGCGGUACUCUGAAGAGCAGUGCGGUCCAUAAGGGCCUACACGGACCACCCAUGAGGCCGGGAAGCGAUUCCGUGCUCGUGUACGACGAGUAUCUACAGCUGCAUCGACGGCCGAUUAGCAAACUGGACCUGGAGGAGAGGAGGAGGAGGGAAGCAAGAGAGAAAGGGUAUUACUACGAGCUGGAUGACUCGUACGACGAGAGCGAUGAAGAGGAGGUGAGAGCUCAUCUCCGGAGAGUGGCCGAGCAGCCGCCACUCAAACUGGACGACUCCACCGAGUUGGAGUUUCUGCGGCUGUUCGGUUUGACCACCAUGUCUCGGCGAGAAGAGCUGCUGGAGCACAAGAGGAGGAAGAGGAGGAGGAUGCUCCGGGAAAGAAGCCCCUCCCCUCCGGCCGUGGCCAACAAGCGCUCACCUCCACCACUUAGCACUCGCUUUACUCCUGAGGAGAUGGACAACAGCCCAGAGCUGGAGGCCAAGAAACGCUUCCUCACCAUGUUCAGCCUCAAUCACCUGAACACGCAGCGGAGGAAAGAGAACGAGAGAGUGGUGGAGCUGCUGCACGCCAUUAAACAGAAAAGUGUGACUCUAGACACCAUCAGGCACAAUCCUCUCCCGCUGUGUAAGAGCCCGCUGCUCCAUCAGUCUGAUUCAUCCUCAUCCCAGUCUCCAGGCCAGUCGGGCGAGUUAGUCAGUGCCAGACCGCCGAGCCCUCCACCUCCGUCCACUGGACCUCCAGCUGAGCCUUCCUCCGCUCCACCUCCCGAGCACCUCAGACCCGUCUCUGAACCGCUCAGACCGAAGGACACGCCCCUUCCGCUGUCAUACGCGGAUAAAAACCGAGGAAGCGACGUAAUCCUCAACAAGAAGCCCUCCAUCCUGCUGAACAGCGCGCACCCUAAAGACGGCGGAGGCAACCUGAACGGCCGGACCAAGACACGGGAGAGAUUCACGGCCGAGGAGUUCGCCCUGCAGUUCCACGAGUCGGUGCUGCAGUCCACUCAGAAAGCACUGCAGAAGCACAAAGGUGGCGCCUCGGCCAUCUCCGAGCCCAACCACACCAUGGACUCCACGGUGCACUACAACAUCCCGGAGCUGCAGAGCGGCGCGGGCCGCAGCACACACCCCCACACACACCCCGCACUCCAGCCCAACGGUCUGCACUGUCCACCCACGGUCCGGAGAGACGGCCCGCCACGCCCCGAACUCUCCACCGAGGAAGACUCCGAUGACGGUGAUGAGGAAGACGAGGAAGAAGAAGAGUCUCUGGGUCACAGGUGGAACGGGAUCGAGUCCAUCUUCGAAGCGUAUCAGGAAUACGUCGAAGAGCAAAAUAUCGAGCGUGAGGUGCUGCACAGUCAGUGCAGGAAGCUGGAAGCCCAACACUACAACCUCAGCCUGACUGCUGAACAGGUCUCUCACUCCAUGGGGGAGAUGAUGACUCAGAAGCAGAAGCUGGCGGCUGAGAGGGAGAAGCUGCAGGCCGAGCUGGAGCACUUCAGGAAGUGUCUGAGCGUGCCGCAUACGGCCUGGAGCAGGGCUCACUUCAAGGGAUAUCCUCCCAGGUGACAUCCCACCGAAUCACCUGAGUUUCAUCCACCCCACCCCCCACCCUUCCUUUUCCCUCUUUUCUAACGCCCAGACUCCGGCCCGCUCUGGUCCUCCGCAACAGAACGAGGGCGGAGUUUUUGGAGAGAUGGUGCACCGUCAGUACACUGAGAAGGACUGAUGCGUAAAUGCCAAGCCCACAAUCUGACAUGAAACGUGCCAUCGAAAGGUGUAGGACAGGUGCUACGCCCUUUACCAACCAACCAACCCACCCACCUGGAUCUUGCAGGAACGCUCGGUCCAUAACACACACACACACAUACACACACACACACACACACACACACACACACACACACGCGCGCGCGGCGGUACAAACAGCAGUCCGCGCCUCACUAGGACAGAUCGCGUAGACAGACUGAAUGGUCAUGUGACUCCCCCCUAAAAUGUAUAUCGUCAUGGCAACCGCACCAUCUGGCCUGGAGAUCUGAGGAACUGGAAAUGCACUUAAGAGACAACCCAGAAGAACUACCUGGAGGUACUGUGUUCUAACAAAGAACUCCUUUCAAAAUUAGGGAAGAACUUCAAAAAAAAUAAAACAAUAAAUAAUUAAAAAUGCACAUUUUUGUUGUUGGGGGGGGGGGGGGUGUUAAAAAUGUUAAGGAAAGUUUUAUUCAAGUAAAAAAAAAAAAUUAAUUUUUAAAGAGGUGCUUCAUGCCUUGUAUUGUAAAUACCGAAACAAAACGGAAAGGAAUUUUUCUAUGUUUUUAUUACUUACGUUAAUUGUUCUUUGAAGAAGAAGAAGGAAAAAAAAGAAGCCUGCCAUUUUAAAAAAAUGCACAUGCUUUUUAGGGCGUUAAGCCGGAGCCUUGCUUUUAGUGUUUGUAUUGCUGCUGGUCAGGAUAAAGAACGGAGGAAGAGCUCAGUGCGGACCUCCGGUGUACGUGUGUGAGAGAGUGUGUGUGUGUGUGUGUGCGCGUGCGAGUGUGUAGCCUACAACAGUAGCAUCCGUCCCCAAAGGCAGCACCAGGUCUAAAGAAGAGCAGAACAUCACCACUCUCUCACUCCCUGCACUCUGGACUUCUACCGUAGGCUCAUGACCAUUUCAUUUUGUUAUUAUUAUUAUUAUUAUUAUUAUUAUUUUACAUUUUAUGGUGAAACAGCACGCAUUCUCUGCAUUCAGUCCCUUUUUUUGUAUCUUAAUCAGUGAGUACUGUGCCAAAGGCACCCACAGAACCACAAAUCAGAAAACAAAUCAUGCCAUUAGUAGCGCAAGAGCUGACGGCCAAAAAAAACAAACAAAAAAAACAAAAAAAAAAGCAAUUUCAUAUCAACGCUAAGCUAAAUUCUUUCAGUGUCAAAAGUUACAAGAUUCGUUCUAAUAUCGUUAAUUAGCAUAGAAUAUAAUCAUAUCAGUCACAGGACGUGUACACGGGGUGCCUGUGUGUGUCCUCAGGUUAAAAUUACUUUAAAAAAAUAUAUAUACACACACACACACACACACAUUAUAAAUAUAAAGCAUAUAAAGUGAACAAAACGGCAUUUUGACUACAAAAGGGUUCGGAUUCGUUUUAUUUUCAGCUUAAACUCCAUGUAAAACACGAUGAAGCACGAAGUAUAACCCAUGGUUUGGAAAAUCCAUUGUUUAAUAUGUUUUGUAAGACUAGAAACCUCACAAAAAUGACCAAGGAACACCUCUCCACCUUUAUCCCGCAUUAAUAACGCCAAGAUCUAUGAAUAUGCAUGAUAUGCAAAUAAGACACACCCCUAAUGCCAUCCCUAAUAGCUAGCCGGCUAGAUCAUUAAUAUAAAAAUAUAGCGAACAUUACAUCUUAAUCCUUUAAUAACUCGCAUAUCGAACGUGAUUUGGUGCAAAGCUAGGUCUUCAUUAGUGACAUCACAGACGUAGCCCCGCCCAUCUCUAUAUACGGAUAAAAUGUUACUCGGACUUUUUUACGGAUCUGCGUUUACGCUUUUAGGUACAGUAUCAUCGACCCAACGCUAGCCUGUUUUAUCUCCUAAUCUCCGACCGAUGCGUCAGCGUUCCUCAGCGUCUGCGUUUACGUUCUCCUCCUGUCCGCGGUACACCAGAGCCAAUUAGCAGCCGCGUUUAACAAAAUACAGCGUUACGUUUUACAAAAAAAGUUUAUAAUCGCGUCGUUCAGCUCAUCGCAGGUUCAUGUUAUCGGCGCUCAGGCUCACAGGAUGAACCGCUUCUGGAGGCGGUUCCAUGUUUACAGACCCGAGGCUGGCCCUAAAGAGCAUCCAUCAUGUGCAAUGUGUGUUUGUUUGUUUGUGUGCUUGAGCGAGCACUACCACUGCCUGUCCAGGAGCAGGGACACGCCCUCUCUCUCUCUCCCUCCCUAUCUCUCAGUGUCUCUCGCCCAACUAAGCGCACGCACAUGCAGAAGCCCCACCCCCUCCCGCCCAACCCAAUGGAGGAUGUCUAGAUGCUGUGAAAUCAUGUUUUUAAGGAAAAAAAAUGUACUUGUUUGAAUUCAUUGUAAUGUAAUAUAUUCUUUGUUGAAUGUAGUAAUUAGGUAUUUAUGAAUAUAUUGCUGUAAUUUCAAACAAAAAAAUAAAAUGCUUCAGAAUUAAA